GAGCACCUGACCAAAACACGUUAGGUCCAUGGGCCUCCUCGCAGGCUCAUACUUGACUCUUUCCACCUCCCUCGAAUGUCCGAUUUCCCAGAAACCUGGUGGAAAUCCGCGGUCGUCUACCAGAUCUACCCCGUCUCGUUCUCGGACUCGAACGGCGAUGGACUAGGCGAUCUCCCAGGGAUCAUCUCGCGGCUGGACUACUUGAAGGAUCUAGGCGUCGAUGUGCUGUGGCUCUCGCCCAUCUAUCGAUCGCCGCUCGCCGAUAUGGGAUACGAUAUAUCGGAUUACUAUGACAUCGAUCCGCGCUAUGGUACGUUAGAGGACUACGACCGACUCGUGCAGGAGCUGCAUAGCCGUGGGAUGAAGCUCGUGAUGGAUUUGGUGGUCAACCACACCUCUGACGAGCACGAGUGGUUCACGUCCAGCAAGUCGUCCAAGUCCGAUCCCAAACGCGACUGGUACAUCUGGCGUCCCCCGAAGUACGACGCCGCGGGGGACCGACGGCCGCCGAACAACUGGAAGGCGGUUUUCCAAGGCUCUGUAUGGGAAUACGACGAAGGAACCGACGAGUACUACCUUCACCUCUUUCUCGACAAGCAGCCCGACCUGAACUGGGAGAACUCGGAGGUCCGGAAAGCGAUCUGGAAAAUGAUGCAUUGGUGGGUGCAGAGAGGUUGCGAUGGGUUUCGGAUGGACGUGAUCAACCUCAUCUCGAAACUAGAGGGACUGCCUGAUGCGCCGAUAACGGUUCCCACCGACGAGCUGCAGGACGCGUCGACGCUGUUCGUCCAUGGCCCACGCGUGCACGAAUUUUUGAAGGAAAUGAAUCAGGAGGUUCUCUCCAAACACGAUCUAAUGACUGUUGGGGAAACGCCGUUCACCCACCCCACCGACGAACUAGCGAAAUAUGUCCUCCCGGCCAACAAGGAGCUGCAGAUGGUAUUCCAGUUCGAGAUCAUGGACAUCGAUGGGCUGAAGAAACCCGGCAUGCGCUUCACGCACAAACCGUGGAAGCUGUCCGAAUUUCAGGCUGUCGUGGACAAGUGGCAGACCCUCGAGCGAGAGAACGGGUACUGGAAUGCCGUGUUCAUCGAGAAUCACGAUCAGCCGAGAUCGGUGUCCCGCUUCGGCAACGACUCGGACGAGUGGCGCAGCUUGUCGGCUAAGAUGCUUGCCGUGCUGCAGACGACACUGAGCGGGACACUGUACAUCUACCAGGGCGAGGAGUUGGGCAUGAAGAACUUCCCGCGCGAGUGGGGCAUUGAGGAGUACAAGGAUGUCGCGUCGGUCAAUUGGUACCACGAAGUUCUCGAGAAGCGGCAACGGGAGUCGGGAUCAAAGGAGGUCAACAUGGAUGACAUCAUGCACGGGCUGCAGCGGAAAGCUCGAGAUCACGCCCGUGUCCCGAUGCAGUGGGACUCGUCCGCGCACAGUGGCUUUACGACUGGCGAACCCUGGAUGCGCGUCAACGAUGAUUACUCCACAUGCAAUGUCGCCAGUCAAUCCGCCGAUGAAGGGAGUACCUUGGCCUUCUGGAAGGAAGCAGUGCGUCUCAGGAAGGCACACAAAGUCCUGAUCUAUGGCAGAUUCGAUUUGCUAUCCUCGGGGAAUGAAGCAGUCUUCGCCUAUACGCGAUUGUACGGCGGUGUUAAAGCACUCGUUCUCUUGAAUUUCACCGUCCAUGGUGUGGCAUACGAGGUUCCUGGAGAAGAAUGGGGCCCUUUCAGGUUUCUUUUGGGAAACUAUGGCCGAGAAGAACUAGGCACAAAGGUGGAACUCCGACCAUUUGAAGCUCGGGUCUAUAUCAACAAUGAAUAGAUAACGCGGUUAUGAGAUAACGAAGGUCUAAAAUGGGACAGUGCCUGCAGAAUUUACUCCCAGGUAGACUUGGACCGUGUUCUUGACUUGUAUCUAAGGACA